GGCAGGUAGGUCAAACAGGUGCGGAAGCAGCAAGUGAGAUUCUGUUGGAAGACUGAUUCUUUUGUGCCCGUUUGGAAGUGGUCCAGUCCAUUGCAAGGUGGGCAUCCGUCGCCUGCAAGAAAAACAAGUUUGCCUUUCUUUUGCACUCAUUGGACUGCAUCAUCAAGCAGAAAAGACACCUGCUAUAGGUGAGACCCGCGUGGUCACGGCCCAAAAAGGACCCGCUGGGCCCAUAAAGGCCCUCUGACAAGAUCCAUGGGGCUCUGUGGGGCUGCCGGAGCCAGCAAGAUGCAGCAAAGGAAACCACACGAUUUGUGGGCGGCAUUUCAUUGCUACCUGGUCAUCAGUAUAUAACACACACACACAUGUGCACAUAUAUAUAUAUAUAUAUUAUAUAGAUUAUAUAUACUAUACUGUAAUGGCUCAAGACCUUGCUUUCCAAACGCCCCGCGGCCGGACAAAAACGCGCUCCGUGUGAACGACUCCUCGCGGCUUCGACCAGCAUGGCCUCAUAUGAAGUGCUCAGCAAUGCACCCUCCUCGGUGUUGGAUGGGUGGAGCGUGGUGGAGGGCGAGGCCGUCAACGCUGCCGACCGCUUGCGGGCCGAGGUGGCCUUGGAACGCUCAGUUGUGGCCUUUGAGGCGCAAGAGUUUCGGGCGGUGCUGUCGGUGGUGGCGCCACAGGAGCAGGGCGACCAGCGGGCGCCCUUGAACCUGGUGGCAGUGCUGGAUAAGAGCGGCAGCAUGCAAGGUGAGAAGAUCCGCCUGGUGAAGCAGACCAUGAUCUUCAUGCUCCGCUACUUGUGCGAGAAGGACUCGCUGGGCAUCGUGGAGUACGGCAGCGACGUGAAAGUCACCUGCCCGCUCACGCGCUGCGACGCCGCCGGCCGCGAGCGGCUCAAGGCGGCGGUGGAGAAGAUCCAGAUCAGUGGUCAGACGAACUUGUCGGGAGGCCUUCUGAAAGGUCUGGAGCUUCACAAGGAGGUGGCCCGGCUUGCUGGCUCCCCAAAGCAAACAGUCCAGGUGGGCAACCUCUACCGCCUCCUCCCCGACGACGAGGCCGCUGCACGCGCCGCCAAUGGGGAACACUAUGGCCGCAUUGAAGAGCCGCCGAUCGGGUGCCCCCGCGUGCAUGAGUGGACGGUGGCGGUGCGCUUCAACAAGCCGGAAGACGAGGCCUUGGUGCAGAAGGUGGUUUUCGAGCUCCACGAGACCUUCCGUGACCCCAUCGUUGAGGUCCAGCAGCCGCCCUUCCAGCUGACUCGCCUGGGCUGGGGCACUUUCGAGGUGAUGAUCACCCUGCACAUGAAGGAUGGACGCGAGCUGAAGGUCGACCACAUGUUAUCCUUCGACCAAGCGGAGACCUUCCGCCCGGUGCUGCUGCCCCUCACCGGUAGCGCCUCCUGGGGCGCGGCGGCCUCCUCCGCAGCGGCGUCGGUGGCGUCGUCGGUGGGGCUGGGGAGCUUCUGGAACCUUUGCACGAAUUCCGCUGAGAGGGCUGAGGAGAUGCCAGAGGACCGGGCAGCCCGUUUGGCGGCUGGCCUCGACCCGGAUGCGGUGGUGCGCUCCACGUUCCUCUUCACCGACGGCCAUGCGAACUGCGGGAUCACCGAGAGCGGCGCCAUUUGCUCGGCCACGUUGGCCAUGCUGGAUGAACUGAGCAGCUGCAAGAGCACCAUUUCCACCUUCGGCUUCGGCCAGGACCAUCGUGCGGAGAUGCUGCAGCGCAUCGCCGACGCGGGCGAGGGCAGCUACAGCCAUGUGCAGUCCGAGGACCAAAUCGCUGAAUGCUUUGGGGAAGCGCUGGGAGGCCUGCUGUCCACCACGCACCAGAACGUUUCGUUAAAGCUGGAGUUGGCACCGGGCGUCCAAUUUGAUCGCGCCUUCACCACCUUCCCAGUGGAGCCAACGCAGGAUGGGGUGAAAGUCGAGUUGGGCGACCUCUUCGCUGAAGAGAGGCGCGACGUCUUGAUCUCUCUGCGCCUGCCAGCGGCGCAGAACGAGGCCUUGCAGGCCUUGGGCCGGCUGACGGCCUCUGGCUUUUCGGUGGUGCAGACGCGUAGCGAGCAGGAGCUGAAGCCCUUGAUGCUGGAGCGUCGUGCCCAGGUGCCGGAGACUCCGGGACAUCCUCAGGUGGAGCGCCACUGGAACCGACACCUGACCCACGAUGCGCUGGAGCGCGGUCGCACUGCGGCAGACCGGAGGAGGCCAAGCGGAUCUUGGAUGAGGCGAUCGCGGCGUUGGGCAAAUCACCGCUGGUCAUCAACGGCGAUGCCACCUCUGUGGGUCUCCUGGGCGAUUUGCACGACUGCAGGGCCGACUUGUCGACCCGCGAGACCUACGUCUCGCUCGGCUCGAAGAAGAUGGCGAUGUGCCACCAGAUGCACUCGAAGCAACGUCAAGCCCAUGGCGCUGAGAUGAAUGUCUCGUACAGCAACUCUGUCAUGAGGAAGACCAAGGCUGCCUUCAAAAUGGGCAUCGCAUGAGAAGCAAGGUUCUUUCAAGUCUUUAGGCCGUGCACUUUUAUGCAGUUUCUGCACGACCCUUCGGCUGGCGCGAGCUGCCAUGUGCAGUGGGCAAUUGAAGCUUGCGCCUUUGCCGCUACCUAGUCAAGACCUCAAGAGUCUUCUGAAUGUUCCUUAGCCUUAGCCUUUUCAACCGAAGUGGACGAUCGGCACUGCAAAGGAUCUGAGAAGGACGAAAAGAAGAACUAUACUGUAAUGAUCCUAUAUGAUUGGCACAUGCAUUGCUGCAUCCGGAUUGAAGCUUCCAUCUCCCACAACCGCAAGAUGGCUCCUUGGCA